AUGUGCAAGGGUGCAGUAGAGGAAAAGCAUGGUGGUUUCUGCAGGAGCCACCUCUGGCCACCUGAAGACGGCACUUCACGUGGCGAAACCGGAGGUUCGAUACCAUGUGAGCUCUGUGGGUUAAGGGCUUCGCUGUAUUGCCUAGCUGAUAAAGCGUAUCUGUGUAGAAAAUGUGACCAGUCAGUUCAUAAAGCCAAUUUCUUGGCCUUCAGGCACGUAAGGUGCUUUCUCUGCAAUACGUGCCAGAAUCUUUCACGACGAUAUCUUAUUGGAGCCUCCGUCGAGGUUACUGUGACAAGCAAUAUCGGAACUUAG